UCCGGCGUGACAGUAGGCUGAGGGUCCGAAAUGUGACCAAUAAAGAUUAAAGAAGCAUUUAUUUGAAAGAAAGGUGACCGUGGGUAACGGUAUCGUAGCCUUUUUUCCAAUUCAAGAAACCUCUCUUCCAUCUCCGGAGGGCUAGGAGUGUACUCUGGUGAAGAAAAAUGGCGUUCACAGAUCAAAUCACUACCUGAAAUUUACAAUUCCAUCACUUCAGUUCCGGAUUAAUGGCGUUCCGAUUUGGAGUUUGUCCACGCGCCACCGCUAUCUCCAACUUUCCCCAACUCAAUGACAAGAACUUUCUCGUUCUCCCUCUGGAACGAGAGGUUGAGAUUCGGCGGGCGGGAGGCACGAGGAGAUUGAGAAUUAGGGUUUCGGAUGGAGAAGAAUCGUAUCUCGGGAUGUGGAAGAACGCGGUGGAGCGCCAGAGGAAAGCUAUUGAGUUUCGGAAAGUUGUGGAGAAUACUGUGGGAAAUGACGAUCGCAAUGACGGUGAUCGAAGUGAUGAUCAGUUGGAGGAGAAGAGCGGGGAGUUCAGUAAGAUUCUUCAGGUCCCGACGGAGGAAAGGGAUAAGAUUCAGCGGAUGCAGGUCAUACAUCGAGCCACUGCCGCCAUUGCAGCUGCUCGUGCACUUGUUGGUGAGACUAGAAUUGUAGCUGAUUCGAAUACUUCUUUGAAUUUGAAUAGUAGGAAUGACGGUGGACUGCUCGAUCGUGAAGAAGCAUCAUCUGAAUUUCAAAGUGAGAACGCCCUGCUACCCGAGUCUGAAACUUCACCAACCGCGACCCCUGGUCCAGAUUUCUGGUCUUGGACACCCCCUCCAGAUAGUGAUGGGAAUGGUAAUGCUUUCAGCGAGUUGCGACCAAUUGGAAAAUCCCAGGCAUAUCCAAUGUUAUCCAAUUUUGUUAAGGAGAAAGAGCCUCCGGUGGGUUUUCUCUCAAUUCCUUUUCAGAGUGAACUUCCUGAAAGCGUCAAACCUCUUCUACCACCUUUUCAAUCAUUGAUGGACAUUGAAAAGUUAGAAUCAUUGGAAACCAGUACAGAGACACAUUCCUUGGAAGAAGAUGAAAAUGUUGGGAUGGAGUUUUCGGUACUUGCAGCAGAAGCAUCUCAGGCGCUUAGUAGCAUAGAUAAAGAAUCAACAAAAGGAAUAGAUUCAGAUGGGUCACGAUGGUGGAAGGAGAUGGGAGUUGAGAAGAGACCGGAUGGAGUGAUUUGCAAGUGGACACUAACGAGGGGAGUUAGCGCAGACCUCGCCACUGAGUGGCAGAACAAGUAUUGGGAAGCUGCUGAUGAGUUUGGUUAUAAGGAACUUGGUUCAGAGAAAUCUGGCCGCGAUGCCUAUGGAAGUGUUUGGCGUGAAUAUUGGAGAGAAUCUAUGCGGCAGGAGCAAGGCCUUGUUCACCUUGAAAAAACUGCAGACAAAUGGGGGAAAAAUGGAAGUGGCACCGAGUGGCAAGAGAAAUGGUGGGAAUAUUAUAAUACCUCUGGUCAAGUUGAAAAGAAUGCUCAUAAAUGGUGUAAAAUUGACCCGAACACGUAUGUCGAUCCUGGUCAUGCUCAUAUCUGGCAUGAAAGAUGGGGUGAAAAGUAUGAUGGACAAGGUGGCAGCAUCAAGUACACAGAUAAAUGGGCUGAAGGAUGUGAAGGUGAUGGUUGGACGAAGUGGGGCGACAAAUGGGACGAAAACUUCGAUUCAAAUGGUCAUGGCGUCAAACAGGGGGAAACAUGGUGGGAAGGUAAACAUGGAGAACGGUGGAACCGUACGUGGGGCGAGGGCCACAGUGGUUCAGGCUGGGUUCACAAGUAUGGCAAGAGCAGCAGUGGGGAGCAUUGGGACACACAUGUUCAGCAGGAAACCUGGUAUGAGAGAUUCCCACACUUCGGCUUUUAUCACUGCUUCAACAAUUCAGUCCAGCUCCGGGAAGUUCAGAAGCCAUCUGAGACGUCUUUGUAAGUCUUCUUUUCCUACUGCUAAGUGAAUAUAAAAACUUGCAGUAUUAUAGCUCAUUUUGAAGAAAAUUGAAUGCUUUAUCGGAGUGGAUACCGUUUUUCUGGCAUUGUACAUAAAAUAAAAGCUUUUAAGUUCAUAAA